AUGGGCGACUCCAACCUCAGCCACAUGGUAGCACCUUGUACAGAGAUGCAGGAUAAUCUCCUUCAUUACAUGGACAGCUAUGAUAUGGACUAUGGAAUCCCUCUGGAUGAGAUCCCAGACACCACGCAGGGCCAGGCCUUCUUUGUGGCCACCAUUGUUAUUGGAGUGGUGCUUGUCUGCAUCAUGCUUGUCUGUGGGUGCGGGAACUUCAUAUUCAUUGCCACGCUGACACGCUACAAAAAGCUGCGCAACCUCACCAACUUGCUCAUCGCAAACCUUGCCAUCUCAGACUUCAUAGUGGCAGUUGUGUGCUGCCCGUUCCUCUUGGACUACUAUGUGGUGAAACAGCUCUCCUGGGAUCAUGGAUUACUGCUGUGUGCCUCCGUCAACUAUCUCCGGACGGUGUCACUCUACGUGUCCACAAACGCAUUGCUUGCCAUUGCAAUUGACAGGUACAUGGCGAUAGUCCAUCCUCUGAGGCCUCGUAUGAAGUACCAAACCGCCUACUUCCUCAUCACAGGAGUCUGGAUUGUUCCUAUUGUGAUAUCAAUUCCCUCAGCCUACUUCACCUCUGAGACCAUUUAUCCUCAUGGUGGCAACUCCCCAACAACUCACAAAGUUUUCUGUGCCCAGAUCUGGCCUGUAGACCAACAAAUCUACUACCGCUCUUACUUCCUGUUUGUUUUUGCUGUGGAGUUUGUUGGGCCUGUGAUCAUCAUGGUUAUGUGUUACUACCGAAUUUCCCGCGAGCUCUGGUUCAAGAGUGUUCCAGGUUUCCAGACGGAGCAGAUUAGGAAGAGGUUGCGUUGUCGUCGCAAGACAGUGAUCGUCCUGAUCGGGAUCAUGACGGCGUACAUCCUGUGCUGGGCCCCUUACUAUGCCUUCACCAUAAUACGAGAUUUCCACCCAACACUAAUCUCCCGCCAGAAGAACUCAUUGGUUGCUUUUUACAUAAUCGAGUGCAUUGCCAUGAGCAACAGCAUGAUCAAUACCUUCUGUUUUGUCAGCGUCAAGAACAACACAGUUAAGUACCUUAAGAAGAUUGUACUGAUGCGCUGGAGGUCCACGUAUGACCCUGGAAAGAUUGUGGAUGAGAUGGAUGUUAGGACUUCCUCCAUGCCUGUUACAGAGGAGAUUGAAUGCAUUCACUUGAGGUGCAGAGAAGAAAUUCUUUAAUCAUAUAU